GAUUCGUGAAACGGAGCAGAAGGCACAAACGCAGCAGAGCUCCAGGUUUGGCUCCUGGGCUGCCGUCUGCUACCGCGACACAGGAAGUUUGCGGAAAGGAUACUUGUAAAGAAUUGAAUAAUCCAUGCUGGAGCUCUCAGAUCACUAGAUGGAAAGUCAGAGGUCAAACACCCUUAAAUGGACAUGCUGAAGCCAUCAAAAAAAAAAAAAAAAGGAAACGAUCUAGGGAAAUGUAUUUUUCAGUGCUGUACAAGCGUCUUGAAUUACUCUGGUAGCUUUUCCAGAAAGACCCAUGACUUCACCACAUUUCUCGAGUUACGAUGAAGGUCCCCUGGAUGUCAGCAUGGCAGCCACAAACCUGGAGAACCAGCUGCACAGCGCACAGAAGAACCUCCUGUUCCUUCAGCGGGAGCAUGCCAGCACACUCAAGGGGCUGCACUCCGAGAUCAGGCGGCUGCAGCAGCACUGCACAGAUUUAACAUAUGAGCUGACAGUCAAAAGUUCGGAACAGACAGGAGAUGGGACUUCUAGAAGCAGCGAAUUAAAGAAAAGAUGUGAAGAGCUGGAAGCCCAACUGAAAGUGAAAGAGAACGAAAAUGCUGAGUUGUUGAAAGAACUGGAGCAAAAAAACGCGAUGAUCACAGUGCUGGAGAACACCAUCAAGGAGCGGGAGAAGAAGUACCUGGAGGAGUUGAAGGCCAAGAGUCACAAGCUGACCCUGCUGUCUAGCGAGCUGGAGCAGCGGGCCAGCACCAUCGCCUACCUGACCUCCCAGCUGCACGCCGCCAAGAAGAAGCUCAUGAGCUCCAGCGGGACCUCAGAUGCCAGCCCGUCAGGGAGCCCCGUGCUGGCCAGCUACAAGCCAGCGCCCCCCAAAGACAAGCUACCUGAAACGCCUCGCCGCCGCAUGAAAAAGAGCCUCUCAGCCCCCUUGCACCCGGAAUUUGAAGAGGUCUACAGAUUCGGGGCAGAGAGCAGGAAACUCCUUUUGCGGGAACCAGUGGAUGCUAUGCCCGACCCUACCCCAUUUCUACUGGCUAGGGAGUCCGCCGAGGUCCACCUCAUCAAAGAGAGGCCCCUCGUCAUCCCCCCCAUCGCCUCUGACCGAAGCAGCGAGCAGCACAGCCCGGCCCGUGAAAAGCCGCACAAGGCCCACGUUGGGGUGGCGCAUCGGAUCCACCACGCCACCCCGCCGCAGGCCCAGCCCGAGGUGAAGACCCUGGCGGUUGACCAGGUGAACGGAAGCAAGGUGGUGAGGAAGCACUCAGGGACGGACAGAACUGUGUGAAGCCCGCCGGGCCCCACCCCGCGCUGUCCAUGCACUGUGAGCACCACUAGGAAAUCUCAGCCACACCUUUUCUGUUUAAUUCCCAUGCAUGCCAAACUCUUUUCACACCUACCGACCAAUUCUCCUGCUCCUCUUGCCCUCUUCUUCACACCAAAAUAUGAUUGUGUCCCUGCUGCAGAAUAUGUAUUUCCUAAUUGCUGUGGCCAAACGCCUGUGUGCCGAAUCGCUUGCUUCCGAUCCCGCUCCGUGUAACCUAAGUGCGCUGCGGACAAAGCCCCGGCCACGGCUGCGUCACUCCUGAUGUUCACAAUGCCACAUAGUCACACACCUAAUUCUCAAGUCGGAGCAACACAUGCCAUCCUUGACCUUAUCCUCAGGCUCCAGGGCAGCCUGGCCGAGCAGCCCCUGCUCCCUCCUGGAGACCCCUGUCACCUCCCAACUUCCUCCUGGAGACCCCGUCACCUCCUGACCAACCUUUCCCAGGGCGGCACCGAUCACCGAGCAGCCGUGCGUGUAUCUCAAGGAACUAAAUAAGAUGACGCUACUCCUCAUGGCACUACAACCUGAAUGUGUGUUCAUAUUUUUUUUUGUUUGUUUUAUCCAAAAUGUUUACGAUCCCAACAAACUUUAUUUUCUAAACCCGC